AUGGCUACAGUACCAAAUAUCAAUUCACUGUCACGCAAGACAUCUAACGUUAGUACCACCAGUGACUUGCAAGAAAAUUCCUCCGACCAGACAAUACUAAAGAGCGGCAGUGGUAAUAAUGUUCACACAAAGGUCCUUGAAAGUGGCAAGGCUGGCCUCAGUAGUUGGGAAUCGUGUUAUUAUUGUCCUAGAGAAAAUUUCAAAGCUGUGAAUGAGUUUGUCAAACAUCUACGUGAACGCCACUGUACCCGUGAGGGUGGCUCCUAUGUCUGCCGCUAUGGUUUUAACGGAGUUUGCCCCUCCCUACCGCUGGACGGUGUAUCGGAUCGUGACUAUGAUGCCCAUGUCGCCAAGUAUCAUGUAAAUCAGCAGACACGAGAAAUGCCACCUGAAUGGUCGGUAUUUUCGGCGGCACAAAACCUGCCAGCCGUCCUCAAUGACCCCUCACGUGGUAAACAGAGUAAUCUGUUUACGAAAAAAUGGGGUGUCGAUUUUGUUGAACGUAAUCAUGUGCCUGCUACACCCUAUUUGCCCGAAGUAUCACACAAUGAUUUCGAAAAGUAUUUGGCCAAAAUAGGAAAACGUUACAAACGCCAUGAACGUCUGAGCAGCCAGCAAGCAAUGGCGUUGGAGGAAAAAUCCAACCAAGGUGCGAUACCUUCAUCUCCCAGUCAUGAUGUAAAUUUGAAUUCCGUACCGGAUAUUUUCCUCAAGGAAACCCUAAAUUUACAACAUGCUCCCACAUUUAGUCAAGUUUUUCCCGACAUUUUACAAUCACCCAGUGGCGAAGAACGUCGACGCACCGGACGUUUAUUGCAGGAACAACUAUCACAUUAUCUGGAUAUUGUUGAGGUGAAAAUUGCCCAACAAGUGUCACAGAAGUCGGCUGCAUUUUUCCACGCAAUGACAUCUCAGGAUGCCAUUAUGUCUGAAAUGCAGGAGGCUGCCAAAAAGGUGAAGGCUUUAAGGACAUCACUGCGUGCUUUAAAUGAAACUGUGGUCGUCGAUACAUUCCGUGUACUGCGCUAUGCCCAACGAAGGCAGAACUACGAAGAAGUUUUGGACAAGUUGCGUCUCAUGGCCACAGUGCACAAAACCCAGCCCAUGCUACAACUACUCUUGGGCACACAAGAUUAUGUAGCAGCCUUAGACUUGAUUGGCACCACUCAAGAGAUAUUGACCCAGGAGCUAAUCGGGGUCCACUGCUUUAAACACUUGCCCAUGCAGCUAAACGAAAUGGAAAAGCUAAUCGAUAAAAUGUUAACUACGGAAUUUGAACGUUAUGCCACCACAGAUUUAAAUCGCCCCCUCAGCGAUGUGCUCAAAGAAACCGAUAGUGUCUGUGCCGAGGAAGACAAGUUGGUGUGUAUUGUCAUGGGUCUGCUGCGUAUGAAAAACUUUAGCUUUGUCGAUGCCUACAAGGACGAGGCCAUUGUCACGAUAAAGGCCAUCAUUAAGCAAUUGGUUAUUGAAUUCAUUGCCUCCAGUGAUGCUGAGCUGUGUCUGACUGGAGCGGGAGAGGAAGCACAGAGUCUGACAAUUGGUGAAUGGAUUGCAUUACUGGCCAAGGUAAAGGUGGCUCUGUUGACAGUAUUGCAACGUAUUCAUGCGGUGACGCAUAUUAUGCGUCAGACCAUAGAUGCGGCUGCGGGUGGUUCCUGUGCGGCACGCAAUGACCAACAACAACAGGGUGUUAAAUCGGCACAGGAAGCUGCAGUGAAUCUAAUAGACUCGGAAGCAUUCCUUACCGCCUCCGAUCAGUCACAGGUCCAUGAGAAGCUGGACGAAUUGCUGACAGCCGUUUGUCACUAUUGCCACGAACGGUGUGCCAAUUUAGUGUCACAACAAAGCCUUGAGAAAUCGGUGGCAACGGCAGAGGAGAUUUCCCAUUUGUCAAGUUUGGUAGAUGAUUUCGCCCAGGGUUGUGAGUCGAUUUGUGGAGUGGCAAGUGUACCUCUAAAGGUGGCUGUAAAGGUACAGGCCAGCCGUUUUGCAAAUCGUUUCCACGCUGAGCGUAAACAAAAACUAGCUUUACUUUUGGACACAGAACGUUGGCGUCAGGUUGACAUUCCAAAUGAAUUCCAGAAAAUUAUUGAUCGCAUUUGUGAGAACAAAGAGUUCUGUGGCGGGGCCAGUAAUGCGAGUGUUGGUGCGGCCUUAACAAAUGGUCAUGUCCAGGCGAAUCCAGUUUUAUUGGUAGAAUCGAAACCCUACACAUUGGUGGGCUCUGCUUUGUUGCUAGUACAAAUGCUGUGUGAAUAUUGCCGCUGUGCCCAGCGUUUACCGAUUGUGGCUGGAUACUUGGCACGAAAUGUGGUCGACUUGUUGCGCACAUUUAAUUCUCGUUCCUGUCAAUUGGUAAUUGGGGCAGGAGCAUUGCGUGUGGCUGGCUUGAAGACCAUAACAAGUACAAACUUGGCCUUGGUUUCAAGGGCCCUGCAACUAGUGCUGUGGCUUUUACCCAAAAUUAAGGCACAUUUUCAAGUAUUCGAUUCCACGGCGGUGGCUGGAUUCGAUAUUAUCGAACGUGAUUACAAUGGGCACAUCAAGGAAAUUGAAAAUAAAAUCUAUGGCAUUGUCAGUGAUCGUGUUGCCAUGCAAUUGGAUAGCUGGGAUGCUCGUCCACCUAUACCCUCACAAUGUUUUCGAAUUAUUUCCAGGCAUUUGGUUAAGCUACAUGAGGCAAUAGCACCCAUAUUGCCGGAACAACAAAUUCACGCGAUCUACAGCAUUGUCCACAAGAAUUUCAAAGAUAAACUGAGGGAGAGGUUGUUGGCUUUGAAUAUCAUUAAUAAUGGUGGACCUCAACAUGGUGUGGUGACAUCGGAACUGACCUUCUAUAUGGAAACUUUGCGUACACUAAAAGCUUUGCCUGUUGCCGACUUGGAUGAUAGUAUAAGAGAAUCGAUAUGGAAUUUUUAAUAAUGAA